UCCUCUCUCAGGUUGUCAUGCCUUUGAAUGCUACCCCACGUUCUUUAAAAUAAAGAGCAUCUUUCCUGUAGACAUAGCACAGCUGUCGCCCCUGUCAGCAUCUCGGAGGGGAGCGAGAGGAUGGCCCGCCUCCUGCCGGACCUCUGUAAAGAAACCCAGCUGUCAGAGAGCGGCUUGUGGGGCAGCGACAAAGUCCGCUGCUUGAAGGUGAAGGAGGAGGUCCUGGAGGACGAGCCAGCCAGCUCAGAGGCGCAGCGACAGCACUUCCGGCAGUUCGGCUACCAGGAGAACGAGGGGCCAAGGGAGGUGUGCAACCAGCUCUGGGAGCUGUGCAACUUGUGGCUGAAGCCCGAGAGGCACACCAAGGAGCAGAUCCUGGAGCUGGUGGUGCUGGAGCAGUUCCUGGCCGUCUUGCCACCGGAGGUGCAGAACUGGGUCAGGGACGUGGAGCCGGAGAACUGUUCCCAGGCGGUGGCCCUGGUGGAGGACUUCCUGCUGCGGCAGCAGGAGGACGAGAGGCAGGAAGAGCUGAUGUUGGGCCCGUUCAAAGAGGAGGCUGCUCAUUUCCCCACCGCUGAAGACUCUUCCUCAGACACCUGGCGGAGGGUCGUCUUAGGGGAGAUGAAGCAGGAGGAGGAGGACGACGACAGAGACUCAGCCUUGUUGGCUUCCGAGAGAGCGUGCGGGGGGGACGACCCGGACCGUUCCGCAGAUCCAAGGCCUCACAAGAUGCUUUUGGGGAUUGCCGAGUGGAACAGUCCCGAUCCAGAGGAAGCCUCCGAGAGCCUGCCGGGAAGCCGCCCGGAGAAUGGGAAGGACAAACUGGUUUGUGGGCCGCAGGGCUACCAGCCGGCCAAGGGAGGAGUGGCUGUGCAGCCGCGGAUCCAAGACGAGCGCCUGAAGAAGUGCCCAGAAUGCGGGAAGGGCUUUGUGUGGCGGUCGGAGCUGAUAGAGCACCAGCGCUCUCACACCGGGGAGAGGCCCUACGCCUGCUCGUACUGCGGGAAGAGCUUCAGCCGCAAGUCGUACAUCAUCAAGCACGAGAGGAUCCACACGGGCGAGAAGCCCUACAUCUGCUCGCACUGCGGCAAGGGCUUCAUCUCCAAGUCAGAUCUGAUCAAGCACGAGAGGACCCACACGGGAGAGAAGCCCUACAUCUGCCCCGACUGCGGCAGGAGCUUCAGCAGGAAGCAGUUCCUCGUCACCCACCGCAGGACCCACACGGGCGAGAAGCCCUACAAGUGCUCCGAGUGCGGGAAGAGCUUCAGCCAGAGGACUUGCCUGGUUAUCCACGAGAGGGCCCACACCGGGGAGAAGCCCUUCAAGUGCCUGGUGUGCGGGAAGAGCUUUGGGCGCAGGGACAUCCUCAUGACCCACCAGAAACUGCACACCCAAGAGACGCAGUAUAAAUGCCCCGACUGCGAGAAAAACUUUAAACACAAGUCGACACUGACAGUGCACAAGAGGACGCAUACGGGAGAGAGGCCCUACCAAUGCUCCCACUGCGAGAAGAGCUUCAUUCAGCGAUCCACCCUCAUCGUCCACGAGAGGACCCACACGGGGGAAAGGCCCUACAGAUGCUCGGACUGCGGGAAGAGCUUCAACAAGAGGUCCGUCCUUGUCAAGCACAAGAGGACCCACACGGGCGAGAGGCCCUACAAAUGUGCAGACUGCGAGAAAAGCUACAAGCAGCUCUCAGCCCUCACCGUGCAUGAAAGGACCCACACAGGGGAGAGGCCCUACAAAUGCCCCGAGUGCGGGGAAAGCUUCACCCGCAGCUCAUUCCUCAUUACGCACAAGAGGACCCACACGGGAGAGAAGCCAUACACAUGCACAAACUGUGGGAAAAGCUUCAGCCAGCGGCCGCACCUGGUUAUCCACGAGAGGACUCAUUCAGGAGGGGGGCUUCUUUAGUGGUCGGGCUGUUGAGCAGCAGUAAACUUGUUUCUUUUCCAUAUGGAUUUAGAGCAGCCUUUCUCAACCUGUGGGUCUCCAGAUGUUGAACUACAACUCCCAUCACCCCUAGCUAGCAAGGCCAGAGCUCAGGGAUUAUGGGAGUUGUAGUCAAACAAC